GAUUCUCCUUCGUGUGUUCUCUGUCUCCAGUCAGGGUAACCGGGAUAUUGAGGCAACAUGGGUGAAUGUUGAACAGAUUCUCAAAGCUAAUUUCGUCACCUAUCGCGGAGACGAUGGUCUCCUUUGACCCACCCCACCCCACGGCUCCGACGGUGAAGGGGCGGAGCUGUUCUCGCAGCGCCGCCGGUUUGUUCCCAGACGGUGUCAAUGGGACGGUGUUGCACUUUCUGCUCCUCUUGUUGCUCUUCUAGAAAAACUCUGGCCGAUUGCGGAGAAAGCAUCGGCUUCUGCGUUUCAGCAGGGAGAGGGGCUGCGGCCCCCAGUCAGUGGGGUAGAUUUUUUUUCCGCAGGGGGCGUGAGAGUUCUGCGAACGAUACGGAACAACUGAAGAACUCGGGCAGUUUUGUAAGGAGUCGGGGAGCGAAAAAGAGGCCGCAACACGUCCCGACUAGUCCCAUCCUUGUGUUUGUGAACGAACCACGUGGCAGUGACUCGCUCUCCAGGACCAGAUCUUUACAGCCGCUGCCGGGGGCGCCGGUUCUCCUUUUCUCUCUCUCGCCCUGACCGAUCGCCGCUAGGGCCGGCCCAUCAUGAUGGGAAUUCGUCGCCCCCUAUACAACCUCACGGCCGUUUGUUGCUUCCUCGCUGGAAGCCUCCUGUCUCUGCCAGGAGAUGGGAAGAAUGGAUCAUCAGCUUCCUCCAGCACAGUUUCUCAGUUCACACUUCCUCACACUGAGGCUAGAAACUUCCAAGCCACAGCCACCAAUAGGGAUAACAUUAUCAAAAGCACCUCACAAGUCAAUGUCAGCAGCAUCAGUCAGCCAGAUUAUCUGACCACUACUAAGCCUGGCUAUUUGAAUACCACGGCAAGGAUACAGACUCAGACUGCAAAUAAUGCCUCUAAUGGUAGCACUGACCCUUCUUUAUUUCUUACACCAACUUCACAUUUACUGGAAACUAAUACAUUUGGCUCGGAUGGUGAUAGAAGAUACAUCAGUGCCACAUCCUUGCUUACUUCCAGCACCAAGAUCCUGGCUACAGAAAUUUUGCAAUCAAAGGAGACACAAGUUUUCUCUGCAGGAACAGCAGCUGCUUCGCAGCCGAAAUCUUCUACAUUCAUUACCACAGGACCAACAAAAAAUACCAUGCCAGUCAUGGACCAUAAGGCUUUCACAGAAGAGAACACUGUUGCCUCCACAUCAUUUCCAAGGACUACUAUUCGUGAACAAGUGAUUACAAUAACUACAUCCAAUACUUCUCAAUCAGUAACAUUUAAGGUUGCCUCCUCUACUCUCUUACCUCACAAAAUCUUAUCAGCAGAGACAGAGCAACCAGCUAAACAUGAUCACAAGACAACUAUAUUUGAUGUGGGAAACAAUCAAGGUCUGCCCAGUAGACCAGUAGUCAGUCCAAUAGGAAACGAUCCCCUGGUGAUUGCUGUCAUUGUCAUUUUUGUUGUGACAGUAGGGAUUCUGACUUUCCUGGGUUUCUUGAGGUAUCGACAACGUAGCAAUAGACUACGGUUUAGACGUCUCCAGGACUUGCCUAUGGAUGACAUGAUGGAAGACACACCUCUUUCCCUCUACAGCUACUAAACAAUUGAAAGACUUUAAAAAAACCAUCAAAAUCUAUUAAAGACCACAAAGCUUGUUAAGGAUCCCAACUGGGGAGCAUCUCUACAAUUUUGGAGCCACUGUACUGACAUGCAAAUAACUGUAGCGUUGCAAGUCAAAUGACUUUUUUAAAAUGCUUGUCUUUUUUUUCUUAUUUUUGAGAAUCAGCUUAACCAAGACCUUUUCCUCAAUACAUCUUCAUUUUCUGUGACUGGAUACAUGCAACGCUAGAGAGAGAGAAAAUCAAAUGCUGGCUUCAUAUCAAAGAUAGGUUUGUUGGAUUCUGAGAAAACACACUGUAUGGGGUGCUUUUUUCACAAAAAGUAAAAAAAAUAUGAUAUA